AUCGCACUGCUGUUGCACUUAAUUUGCCAUUGGGCGUUGGUUGUUCCAUUUCGCUGCUCGUCGAUCGUCGCCCAUUUCCCGAUUUUUUUUUCUUUACACUUUCUGAUUUUCCGUUUUUCUAUUUUGUCUAUAUUUUUAACGUCCAGCACACGGUCCAAAAAUGGCGCUCAGCGAUGCCGAUGUUCAAAAACAAAUCAAACACAUGAUGGCCUUCAUCGAACAGGAAGCCAAUGAGAAAGCUGAGGAAAUUGAUGCCAAAGCAGAAGAGGAGUUCAACAUUGAAAAAGGCCGUCUGGUCCAACACCAGCGACUCAAGAUCAUGGAGUAUUUUGAGCGCAAAGAGAAACAAGUGGAAUUACAGAAAAAAAUUCAAUCUUCUAAUAUGUUAAAUCAAGCACGUCUUAAGACAUUGAAAGUGCGAGAAGAUCAUGUCAGUGAUGUUUUAGAUGAAGCAAGAAAGCGUCUGGUCCAAGUGACAAAUAACCCUGAUUUGUACAGGGAAGUUCUAAGAAAAUUAAUAUUGCAAGCAAUCUUACAGUUGUUGGAAAAAAAUGUCACGUUACGUGUUCGUGAAAUUGAUGUAUCAGUUGUGGAAGAAUUAGUUGAUGAAGUGGCAACAGAGUAUAAGACAGCAUCUAAUAAGGAUGUGAAUCUGAAAUUGGACACCGAUUCAUUUUUAGCCCCUCAAACAUGUGGUGGUAUUGAGUUGUUAGCACAGAAGAAUAAAAUAAAAAUUUGUAACACACUGGAAUCACGAUUGGAACUAAUUGCACAGCAAUUAGUACCAGCAGUACGAACUGCAUUGUUCGGUCGUAAUCCUAACAGAAAAUUUGCUGAAUAAUUGCAGUAAAUAUCUACAGCAAUAAUAUGCGUAUUAAAAAACAAAAAUAAAACAUUCUAUUUAAAAUAUUUUUUCGCAUUCCAUUUGGUAACUAUUUAAUUGCAUAAAUUAUAACCAUCCCAUCUAUAUAUAGUAUUUUAGGUUCAAUACAUAAUUAUUUCAUUUGAGUCUACAUAUUUUAAGAUAAUAUUUUGAGUGAAUUUUUUUUCUUUGUUGUAGAUUAGUGUCAAGUUUUAUCGUGUAAAUUGUUGUUUAAUUAAUUAAUAUACAAAUUAUAUUGGUAUUGUUAUUACUGUAUUAUUAUUUUAUUUUAUUUUUGUGACAUCAAAUAAAUACAUUUUAUCAACAA